AUGCGCACCAUCACCGACUUCUUCCACCGCCCGGCAUUCUCCCAGAUCAGGUCGAGCCCGUCACCUCCCGAGCAGCACAACGAGGUCCCUCCCCUAUCCUCAUCGCCCCUCAGCGAUCCGCCAUCGUCCUCGGCCCUCAACCAAGCCUCUCAACAGCUCCGGAACGAGCUCGAAGGUUCAAAGACAGCCUCUCAAGAUGACAUCCGAAACGCUCCCGCCCCAUCUCAGAGCUUCCGGAGCAUCGAGUCGACUGCGGGGUUGUCGGCUGGCAGUGGCAGCUUUAACUCUUCUCAGCGCAUUCUGAAAGAUGGCAAGGAGGUGGUUACCAAUUCGGAUGGCGAAGAUACAGACUCCAUAAACUCGCUUGAUGAUCCAGCGGAGUUUUUCAAACCGAGAUCAAAGCCAGAACAAAAGCAAGAUCCCGUGCGGCCAGAUACGAGCAUUUUAUACAAACCUGCCUCGAAGUACAAAAACACGCUCGAUUCCCUCGUGUACGAUGCGGUCGAUGAUAACGAAAUCGAGGCAAGCGUUGCCAAGGUCAAGGCUACUUUUGCGAAGCCUCAACCGGACAGCAACACAUCUACAGCGGAGCUUGGUUUACACAAAGGAAUGUUGACAUCGGCGCUCGGCGAUAACGAUGAAGGGUCUGGGUUACAACGUCUUAUGGACGCGGUACGAAGAACCGAGGCCCUCGAACAGGACCGAGUUUGGCAUUUCUUUGAUCAUGACCAAAAGCUGCCGCCGGCCCCAGACUUCCCACGGGACCUGUUUCCCCCAGGAACUCACCUCGCUAUGUUCCGAGAACCGGAAUCCCGUGAGCGCGCAUUCCAGUCGGGCAUCAUCGAAUUCGCUUUCACCAGACGCGCUCUGCCAAAUGAGUUUGUUAAAUGGAUCUUUCAAUCUAUCUCCUCAGAACCUCGCAUUGAACUAAGACAGGCUUACGGUCGAAUGUUGGAGCAUACAACUGCAGAACGUGUAGCAGAGCUCAUUGGUCCUGAUGAUAUGGACGAUCUAUUCAGACGCAUGGGGGCCAAGCCACAUGUCUUUGAUUUCUCCCAGCCGGUGAAAGCUGAUCCUCCACCACUGACGACGUCAAAAUCCACGCUCAAAGAUCGUGCCGUUUUCCUCUCGGUGUUGAAAUCACUCAACAAUGCUGCCUCCCUUUUCGGUGACGAAACCCGGGAGCAGGCUAUCCAUCUACUCUUGCGCCUCACACUUGACACGUCCUUGACAGCCGACGCUCUGGUCUGCGCUGAGCUAGAAAGUGCUAUCGACUCCAUGUUGCGGUAUACGCCGGAGGUCACCCGCAAAGACUUGGUACACCGAAUUUGUACCACAGUCUACGAGACCGUCACGGAUGUUUACUUCCAGAGCCGCAUUCUGCAACAUAUACUACCAACAUCCGACUGGAUCGCUCUGCUGCGAUGCCGACUUGCAGUUGCCUUCUUGCUGCAGACCUCCUCGCCGUUGACAGAGCCGCCAGAAGUAGCACUCGAUCUGAAACGAAUCACGGUACUUCUGCUGCGGGACCAGCGUUUCAACAUGAAACGCCAUAAAAUGAACAGUGAUUACGACUAUGGCGAGCUGAGUGCCAUUGCCGUUCUACUGAAUGUGGCGAUCGAUUCGUCCCUGUUCGACGUGAAAUGCACAGACACCGUCGGCGCGGAAAGAGAUUUCGACGCCGCCAUCGACAAGCUGGCGACCCAAGUCAAGAAGAUUUUCAGCGCCAUCGAGGACUCGGGCGCGUCGCAUCUCAAACGGAUGUUGGCCAAGGAGGCCCUGGAGGCCUUGCAUUACCGCAUGGUCUAUGCUGUCCGGUCACGCCCGCCGCCGAAAAAGACAUUGUUCCGCAACUAUGGCCAUGCCAACGGCAAUAUUCAACAGUUCUUCAAACCAAAACUUGCCUCGGAGCUUGAUGGAACCGAGUCUCCGUCCGCAGAAGCAACAGCAACGCCCGAGCCGGGUGUCCCACUACCAAACAAUGCUGAGAUGCCCAUUCGAGAACAUGAGCAUCAUGAAAUACCCCCAAGCGGUUGA